AUGACGUCGUCGUCGUCGGUAGCAGAUGCGAAACAUUCGCGUCGCGUUCGUUUCACUUUGCCUGAUGCAACGACAACUGCACCCGCUCCGCCCACGUCAAAAGUCUCAAAUGGAGCUCCUGUUGCUUCUGUUUCCGCUACUCAAAAAUCCAAAGCAGUUCAUGGCACUUCGCGGUACGUAAAUGGAACUCUCGUUACCGGACCUGGAUCUGCUUCCACGAAAAACGCUUCAGUUAUUGUCAAUCGAAGUGCCGUUCAUGCUCCUGUUCUCAAAACAUACGGAUCGGAUACGAAUAUUUCGCGACAAACUGAGGCACGAAGUUUACCUAAAAUUGAUGAUAAUCGAACGCUUUCGGUUCCGACAAAGCCAAAGAAGGCUUUUCAUGCAGUUACAGCCACAGUAAAGCUACAAAGACCUCGCACGGGAACAACGUCGAGUGCGAUGCCACGAAGUCAGUCGUUUUCCGUUAAAAAAGCGACGAAACAAGGUUCGUCAUCAGCGAAAACAGGUAGCAAGAGAUAUUCUGAUAGUUUUUUAUAUGCAAGCAAGAAAGACGCUCCCAAAAUACGGAUUGAUGAUUUGGAUCGAGCUGAUUUAGAAUUGCCUAAAUUUGAACAUGCUAUCGAUCCGCAUCUCUUAAAUUUGCCAAUUGGGGAGGACGCAAAUGCGAAUUAUUUGCCGCAGUUGCAUGAGGAUAUGGAAACUAAUAGUUGUUUGAGAGAGCUCGAUCGUUUAGCGCUGUCACGAGAGAAAAAUCUGAUAGCAUUUUGGGAUUUCGUUGAAAAGUGGCGAACGACCAUUAACGCAAACAAAUUUGAGGAGCACAACAAUAGUACGACAACAGCUGUCUCCCAAGCAACAAGUAAUCGUCGCUCGACGGCAUCGAAGGCAGACUCGACAGCAAGCUCUAUCCAAAGUACGUCAAGACUAAAAGCGUUCAAGAUGAAUUUGGAAAAGGUUCCGCUCGUGACAGAAUUGCUACGUGCCUCGCGGGAUGCCAAUGAAAUUUUACUCAAAGACGUUUUCCGGCAGAUUCUGGAAGACGGAAUUAAAAAAGAUGAUUUGAAUAUUACAGAUAAAAGUGGAAGAACAGCAUUGUCCUACAUAUGUUCAAGUGGCCUCACAAAAUUCUUAGAACUGAUUUUACAAUUACCUGAUAUCGAUGUGAAUAAACCCGAUAACGAGGGAAACACUCCGUUACAUUUUGCCGCGCAAGCAGGUCAAACCGAUGCUGUCAACUUACUGAUCACAAAGAGUCGGAGUUUAGUGGUUGAUGCCAAAAACAAUUUGGGGUUCACGCCUUUGAUGAAAGCAGCGUUGCAAGGUCGAACCAGGUGUGCAAAAUUGCUGCUUUUUGCUGGGGCAUCUCCCGUCGAAGUCGAUCUGGGUCGCGGGCUUAGAGCGGAUCAGUGGGCACGGUUUGUGGGGCGUCACACGUGCGCCGAAAUGAUUGAGCAGUACUCCCGCGUGCGUCUCAUGGACCGAAACACGUCGAACAAGUGGUCGCACGACACAAUCGAUCGUGCCAGCAGUCGUUCCAAGACAUUGACCGCCAUCGAUACGAAUGCCAAUGCCAGCAAUAACCAAGGUUUCUAUUCAAAGUUAUUAAAAGCACUUCCGUUUAGAUUUGCACGCGACAAAAAUCGCUUUGAUACCACAAUUAAUACUAACAAUAAUGUCUAUGCCACUCCGAAGGACGAUAACAAUGGGUCCGCAAUGGUCAAUCGGCUGGGCACGUCGGCGCUCUUGUGCACCGUAGGUGUGGCUGUGCCGCCCUCACUCGGCGCAAGGGGUUCUCGUUCCGCGAGAGAUCGCAUUCAAGAAGUGCCGAAGGUCGAGAUAACUUACGCCAACAAUCACGCCUUGAUCGAAAAGUAUGAACGAAUUUACAACAGUGAUAACGGGAACAACAUUUCGCAUGACAUCAAUCCCAGCAGAGAUGGUCCUGUGGUGAUUCCGCGUCGGAAAACUUCGCCAACACCGCCGGCACGACCACCUGCGUAUAAAGUGAAAAAUAGGAAAUAGUAUUAUUCGUACGUUUUAGUCUUAGAAAAGUUUGUUAUUUUAAUCGUCGUUGUAAUUCUUAGCGUCCGUAUCGUUUAUCAAUUUAUCAACUGUUAGUCAUUUAUUUUAAUUCUUUCAACUUUCAAUCUUUUUUAUAUUAAAAAUUGUAUCUUUCAACUGUUGCCUUGAAAUAAA